CGCUCACUCGCAUCUCCCAAGCUUAAUUCCCAUUCCCAACCCCAACCCCCAUAGUUCAUAAACCUAAUAUACAUAUAUUUAAUUUGCAUUAUCCAUCUAGUCGAAUCAAUAUGGGUGUGAGCAGCUUCUCUCAGGAGAACACUUCCACGGUGCCGCCGGCGAGGUUUUACAAAGCCUUGAUCCGCGACUCUCACAACCUCGUCCCUAAGCUCCUUCCCCACGCCAGCAAGAGCAUCGACAUCAUCCAAGGCCAAGGCAGCGCCGGCACCAUCAUCCAAAUCAACUUCCCCGACGGCAAGCACGUGAAGCACAGGUUUGAUGUGAUCGACGACGAGAACUUCUUGUGCAAGUACACCCUGAUCGAAGGGGAUGCGUUGAAGGGCGGCAUUGAAUCCAUUGUUUACGACAUCAAGUUCGAGGCCUCGCCGGACGGCGGGAGCGUCUGCAAGAAGACGGUUGAGGUGUACGCCGCCGGUGAUGCAGAGGUCAAGGAAGAGGAAAUCAAGGCUGGGAACGAAAGGGCAGAGCAGUUGUACAAGGCUGUUGAGGCUUAUCUGUUGGAAAACCCCACUGCCUACGCUUAAACUCUCUUCACUGUCGAUGGCAAACCAUAUCAGUACGAUUACGUUUCAAUCUUAAUUAAUCAGCAGUGUGUGUUGUGAUUUUUCUCUCUUGUUAAGAUGGGACAGUGAUAUGUACGUACCUAUAUCUGGUUUGAGAAAUAAGGAGCCAUUUUGUUCCAUUUUUUUUUUCUUUUUUUCAAAUAUUAGUUUCUGUAUGUGUACUUUUUCUUCCUAGUGCAAUCGUCCCAUAUAUAAAUUGUAGUUUUUAUUCA